ACUUUAAUUUGUGGAUCAUAUUAUCGAUCACUUCAUCCAUCUUUAAGUUCUCAGCGCAGAGAGAGAGAGAGAGAGAGAGAGUUGGGGUAGUAGUAGUAGUAGUAGAAGAUGGAGAGUAGUAAAAUAGAGAUGAUGUAUGAUAAAGCAAAGCCAUUUUUGGGAGUGAUAUUUCUGCAGUUUGGGUAUUCAGGGAUGGCCAUAAUUGGUAAGUUCGCUCUUAAUCAGGGAAUGAGCCAUUACACCUUGGUCGUCUAUCGCCAUGCUCUUGCCGCUGCUGUCAUUGCUCCCUUUGCCUUCUUUCUGGAUAGGAAAGUGAGACCACCUAUGACCAUCUCUACCUUCAUCAAGAUAUUGUUGCUCGGCUUAUUAGAGCCGGUUAUUGACCAAAAUUUGUACUAUAUGGGGAUGAAGAAUACAACAGCAACGUUCACAGCUGCAAUGUGCAAUAUUCUUCCCGCUAUAACUUUCAUAAUGGCCUGGAUUUGCAGACUGGAGAAGGUGAAUCUUAGGAAGCUGCACAGUCAGGCAAAGGUGGUGGGAACCAUAGCGACGGUGGGGGGAGCUAUGUUCAUGACGCUGAUGAGAGGACCUGUCCUUGACUUGCCAUGGACUAGCUCUUCCCACCACCAUCAAUCUUCCUCAGCUAAUUCCACAGUUCAUGAUCAGCAAAAUCCCAUCAAGGGUGCUCUUAUGAUAUCCACUGGCUGCAUCUGCUGGGCCUGUUUCUUCAUUCUCCAGGCAAUUACGCUGAAGGCAUAUCCGGCGCAGCUGUCCCUCUCGGCCUGGAUAUGUUCAGCAGGCAUGGUGGAGGGCGCGAUACUCGCCCUUGUCAUGGAGAGGGGCAAUGCUUCCAUCUGGGUCUUAAAAUGGGAUGCCACACUACUAGCUGUUCUUUACGGAGGAAUAAUCAAUUCCGGGGUUGGUUAUUUUAUUCAAGGAGCGGUGAUGAAGGAAAGGGGCCCUGUUUUUGUGACAUCUUUCAAUCCUUUGUGCAUGGUCAUUGUUGCGAUUAUGGGCUCCUUCAUUUUAUCUGAGCAGAUGUACUUAGGAAGGAUUAUAGGAGCAAUCAUCAUAGUUUCGGGGCUGUAUCUAGUGGUUUGGGGCAAGAGCAAGGAUCAAUCCCCACCUAAAUCCAACGGGGAUCAGAGGUUGCCGGAUCAGCAACCGAUGGCUGUCAAGAACAACAGUACAGGGAAUACUAGUCCUGGUUUCGUCGCAGUCGAAAUUGCGAAAGAAAUGCCCAGCAAUGAACCCAUUUGAAGGCACUUAAGGGAAGGAAGAAAUGCCGCAGAUUAAGCAAAUAUUUCUACUGUUUGGAAGCUCCAGUUUUGUAUUGCGUAUGGACUAAUUUCAAGUAGAAUUUGAAAUGGAAUUCUCAUUAAUAUGUUCUGUUUGUUUGUUUGUUUGUUUGUUUGUUUGUUUGUUAAGAAGUCAUAGGGGCAGCACUUACAUAGUGCCUUGUGAGUCAAGUUAGCAUAAGGCAGUAGUGGUUGAGCACUAAUUAAUCUGUGUUUUUGCAGACGUCAAUGUGGGACGCUCAUUCCCCUUUCCAUGUGCUAGUUUCUUCCAAAAAGAAUUAUAACCAAAUUACAUUUCCA